AUGUCUUCCGGGGCCAGCGUAAGCGCCCUGCAGCGCCUGGUGGAGCAGCUUAAGCUGGAGGCCGGCGUGGAGAGGAUCAAGGUCUCUCAGGCGGCAGCAGAGCUUCAACAGUACUGCAUGCAGAAUGCCUGCAAGGACGCCCUGCUGGUAGGUGUUCCAGCCGGAAGCAACCCCUUUCGGGAGCCCAGAUCCUGUGCUUUACUCUGA